CCACCUAUGAUCCCUGGGACGCCUGCAGCGAUGCUCCCAGCCACGGAGGCGGCCAAGAUCUACCAGACCAACUAUGUCAGGAACUCUCGAGCCAUCGGGGUCCUGUGGGCCAUCUUCACCAUCCUCUUCGCCAUCGUUAACGUGGUAUGUUUCGUUCAGCCCUAUUGGAUCGGGGACGGCAUGGACACGCCGCAGGCCGGCUACUUCGGCCUCUUUCACUACUGCAUAGGGAGCGGGAUGUCCCGGGACCUGAAGUGCCAGGGGAGCUUCACGGAGUUUGGCUCCAUCCCGUCUAGCGCCUUCAAAGCCGCGUCCUUCUUCAUCGGGAUGUCCAUGGUACUGGUCCUCUCCUGCAUCGGCUGCUUCGCCUUCUUCUUCUUCUGCAGUACAGCCACUGUGUAUAAGAUCUGUGGGUGGAUGCAGCUGGCAGCAGGUACGUGUCUGGUGUUGGGCUGUAUGAUAUAUCCUGAUGGCUGGGAUGCCGAUGAGGUGAAGAGGAUGUGCGGAGAAGGGACGGAUAAAUACACCAUCGGAGCAUGCUCGGUGCGCUGGGCAUACAUCCUGGCCAUUAUGGGCAUCUUGGACGCCCUUAUUCUCUCUUUCCUGGCUUUCGUGCUGGGCAACAGGCAGGAUGGACUCAUGUCCGAGGAGCUGCUGGGAGACAAGAGCGGAAAUGCGUAGAUGCCAGAUACACUCAGGUGAGUGAGGUGUUUCUGGCUCGUUCAAGGAAAAUCUUUACGUGAAAUCACAAUCCAGCUUUACCCAUCAUCCUGAGGGCAGGAAGCCUGACUGCAGCAGUUUGAAAAAACAAAACAAAACAAAACAAAACAAAAAAAACGUUAAAGCGAAGAAGGCAAACAGGGUGAACGGAGUUGGGAACUCACUGCUUUUCUGUCCAUAUCCCUUCUUUGCACUUCACUCCCUGGAAUUGCUUCUCAACCCUAGUUUGAUUUACCGUGUUCUGUGCUACUAACAUGAUAGGGCAGCUAAUGCACCGUUUAGAAGUAACUUUGACUUGGAUUAAUGAUAAUAAUAAUAAUAAUAAUUAAAAAAAAAAACUAUUUAUUUUACUUUAUGUCCUCUUUUAAAAGCCUGCAUUAUUAUAAUGUUAAUAUUUUGGGAUUUACUGUAAAACACUGACUGGAUUCUCCAAUAUAGAAGAAAAUAUUUACAGGCUUGAAUUCUGGGAUGUACACUACGGCACAGAGACAUUUCCGGCCUGUUACUAUUUCUCUUAUCGCCACCACCCCUGGACGGACGCGCACACACACACACACAAAAACACACACACACACACAGAGAGAGAGAGAGAGGCAAAACGGGACACUGAAUCCAGACCACUUACCUGAGAACCAGAUGUGAUCAUUGGGUUUCAAAAUGUACAAUAAUUUCACAAAUCUAUCCAACAUUGUUUAAAAGGGGUAUGUAAACAGAAGUUGAGAGUUCACUGUUAAUAUAUUUUAAAAAUAAGUGUCAAAAUUAGGGGCAGGCAUCUCUGCCAUUAGUAAUUGUGCACAAGCCAAGUAUAUACAGAAUUAGGAGAGUGUUUUAAGUAUUAUGUAUUGAGUGUAUAUGUUGAAUUUCUGUAUGUCUCUAAUUCGAUAUUUACUUCUCGGCAGUGUUGGUGCUGUAUAGUUAUGUGUGCCAUUAUUAUGAUGUUCUCAGCUGGUACCGUUUUGUACUCUUGGUAUAAUCAUUCUGUCCCACCAAGAUAAACGAGCAGCCUAGGAUCGCCAAUCAAAUGUGACGGGAAAACCUGGAGGAUGCGGUUCAAAACGCAAACGCCCACAGGAAGUGACCUCACUGUGUACCUAGUGCCACUCCCUCCCUUCUUAAGACGGCUGAAGAGUUUGGACAAUGCUGGAUGACGUUCUGAACGGAAAGGAAAAAAAAAAAAUACGGUUUGCUUUAUUUAUUGGGUGUCUGUCUUGUCAGAUGAUGUUGUAUGUAGAAAAAUGCUGUAAAUACACCAUUAAAAUGUAUUAGUUAUAAAAGUUCAUUAAAGACAAUUCACCCACAUUAAUGAAUAAAGAUUUUACCUCUACAGACUACAA